AUGUCGCCGCACCGCCGGGAAACUUGGGGCUACCGCGGCGUCCGCCCGCGCCCCUCCUGUAGCUUCUCCGUGGAGAUCCGGUUCCAUGAGAUGCGCCUCGGCCUCGGCACUUUCGACACCGCCCACGAGGCCGUCCGCGCGUACAACGCGGCGGCGUGGCGCCUCCGACGGCCUCGUAGGGGGAUGAACUUCCCCAACGUGGCGACUCGGGAGCGGGCGCAUGGGUCUGAAUAUUUCAAGAACAUGUUGGUGGGAGAGAAAGCUCCGAUUGACACAGUUAGGAUGCGCCGUAGUAGCCGAUCCACGAGGUAUGAUGGUUUUAAAGUGCCACAAGUCACUGAUGUGAGGAAGGCACAAUCCAAAGUCAAGCCCAGGGGGGCGCCAUCAGUUGCCUGUUCUUCUAAGGCCACUGCUCCAUGUGCCAAGCUCGUUCUGAACCCGCUGGCUAGCACCACCGAUGACUUGCCGCCGCUGACGCCAAUUCACCAGCUGCAGUAUGUGGGCAAUGUCCUGUGCGGAGUGUCGCCUGAUGACCUCACCCCUCAGAAGCUCAUGGCACCUGUUCGUGGGGAGGGAAAGGAGAACCCCUAG